AGCCUGCAUCGAAAAACAAGGAGCACGAUGAAUCACAUGACGAGAUGGUUCGCUACGCUGCUGGGAAUGUUUACCGUCAAGAGAAUUUCUAGCAAGGAGUUAGCAGACUCGGAGGAUUCGCUCGACAGGUCUGGCUCGCUCUCUGGCAGCGAAGGAUGUUUAACUCCAAGGGCCUUGGCCAAGCUCAAGUGGUUGUCAAAGCGCAAGGAAGCCAAGCGCAAAGCUGCUCUUUUGCGCGUGGAGCAGCAGUACAGGAAGCAGGACGAUAUGUUCUGGGAGAACACGGGAGCCGUGUGGCAGAGAACGAUUCUCACGGGCGAGAAGUGCGAGCCUCCGGAUUUCUCUGGCCUCAUCCUGUAUGACGAGAGAGGAAAUAGAGUGCCCGAGUAUCCUGCAAAGUCACCCAGAGCAGGAUCAGGAGCGGGAUCACUCUUCUAGGAGGUACUCGACUCCUGCAAACACCAAAGGAUUAAAACAAAGAUCAAGCACUAGUUUUAGCUACCUGUAGUUGCAGCUCAGAAGAGAGUGCGUCUUCCCAGUCUGUUCUCGAAGUCAAGAGUCUGACUAGUUCAGCUAUCCAAUAUUGAAAGUCCAAGUUCGGCU